ACACAUGCACCUCGUGCUUCARUAUCCAAGAUGGCAGCAGUAUCACCUUUAUGGAAGUGGAUCGCGUUGUUUUUCAUUCUWCUCAGCCUUGGUUUACUCAUUGCACUUAUCGUUGUUGCAACUAAAGACGCCGGUAAUGGAGAAGGUAAGAAAACCUCACAACUUCAAAAAYGUGGUGGAGAUAGUUCGCAACCAAGCGUUACAAAUAAGAUAUCAACAACGCCGGGUCUCUUCGAUGAUUUAACACCAGAUGAGAUGAACAAGGUCUACAAUUACAUGGUCAAAGCGUUCAAAUUAAAAUCCAGAGUUAMAUUGCUCACAGACAGUAUGAUUACUCUUAUCAAGUUCUACCCGCCGUCUAAAGAUGCAGCCUUGGCUUAUUUGGAUGAAGGCAAAGAAAAGCCAGWGAGACAGGCUAUUGUUGUGAUAUUCAAAGGAGCGGCUCAGCCUCCGAUAGUCGAGGAAUACCUUGUUGGCCCAGUAUCUACACCGAAUAAGCACGAGCUGUUGAAAGUAGAUGGUCGGUCGUACCCUAUCAACUUCGACGCGAGGCCGGCGCAUUCUCCGCGUGAAGAUACAUUUCUCUAUUAUGUCAUUAUCAAACCAAUGGCUACAAAACUCUAUCGACUUAUGUACGAGAGUUAUGAUGGAUAUACUAUGGCUGAUAAUUGCACUGAUAAGUGUUUGACUUACAUUGUCUCGUCACCCCAAGGUCUAACUAGCAACACGAGAGAAAAUUGGUACACUUUUGCUCGUCGCCAGCUAGCUUUUUAUUCUCACCCAGUUAACUUAGAAUUUUAUGUGAAUCAUGCGGGGAACAACYAUUUGCAGUGGCGCAUAGAAAAGCUACUCUACAAUCGACAGCUUUUUAACUCUACUGAAGAAUUAAUGGAUGCCUAUGACAAGGGAAGGCUCGUCAAGACAUUUAUUCCAGCUCCUAAAGGGAACGAUAAACGUUUCUCCACUUACGAAAAACGAGGAAAGGAACAGCCUUCCAAACCCAGUCGAGGUCCUGAACAGUACGAGCCCGAUGGAAAACGCUACUCUGUGAAAGGUAGACAUAUCGAGUACAUGAACUGGGCUUUUGACUUCCGGGUUGAUUCCAUAAGUGGACCGCAAAUAUAUGAUGUAAGAUUUGGAGGAGAGAGGAUUGUGUACGAGAUCAGUCUACAGGAGGCUAUAGCGACUUAUGGCGGAUAUUAUCCCACACAGAUGAGUAAUAAUAUUCUUGAUGGUGCUUAUACCAUGGGAGAAAAAUCAUUUUCUCUUGUAAGAGGCACGGAUUGUCCAGGAACUGCAACGUUUUUUAAUCUGGUGCACAUGGUGUACACUGAUACUCCAUUCGUCAUCAAAAAUGCUGUCUGUGUAUUUGAAUGGAACACUGGAUCACCAUUAAGACGACAUUACGAUAACGACUUUCAAGGAGGAUAUACUUUCUAUGGUGGAAUGGUCAACCAGGCACUCGUUAUGCGAACCAUAGCUACAAUUGCUAACUACGACUACAUACACGACUUCAUCUUCUACCAGAACGGCGCGGUAGAAGUGAAAGUGUCAGCAUCUGGUUACGCCAUGGGUACUUUCUACGAUGAGAAUGUAAAACCGUACGGUUAUCCCAUCCACCAUAACUUAACAAGCACUACACACGAUCACUUACUCAACUACAAAGUUGACUUAGAUGUUGGYGGAAGACAAAAUUCCUAYGAGACUAUCGAAGUCACAACAGAGAACGUAACUGACAAAUGGCUACCGGAGAAAAACAGAUACUUUGUCAGGAAAGUCUUGAAACGUACCACCAAAAAKACMGAGCAAGAGGCAGCAUACRAAUUCAACUUUGACCGUCCAAAGUACUUGAACUUCUACAAUGAAAAAAAGAAAAACAAAAUGGGUGUGUCAAAAGGAUACAGAAUCCAGCUGAAUGGUAUCAUGAAGCAGUUGUAUCCAGAAGACUGGAUAAUGGUACCGAUGAUAAGUUGGUCUCUGUAUCAGUUGGCUGUCACCAGGUACAAGGACACCGAGAGGGAAAGCUCCUCGUGGUACAACCAAAACUCACCAAGUGAACCUCAUCUUGACUUUAGAAAAUUUCUAGCAGACAACGAAUCUAUUGUCAAUGAAGAUCUUGUUGCUUGGGUAACCACUGGAAUGAUGCACAUCCCUCAUUCGGAGGAUAUUCCCAACACAGCCACGGUUGGAAGUACAGCAGGGUUUUAUCUUCGUCCUUUUAACUACUUUGAUGAGGAUCCAUCGAUGGGUUCGAGUAACGCCAUCUUGAUAACACCCACUGACAAGAACUACAGUCCUUCAUUCCAACGUUUUGGUACCCCGACUGGUCCUGUCUGUGUUCCUAAGGAAUAUCCUGUUACUUUCGAUGGUCGGAACAGAAGCUAAUGACAUGUGYAAAGACACUCGUUGUCCAUUCCGAAUCCAYUGAAAUAACAGCGAUGCAAUACAUAACAAAAUAAUAUGCAACACUUUCAUUCUCCAGAUACCUUUUCGUGGACCAUGGUGCAUUGCACGGUCGAACUAAAUAUUUUCCGGUAUCAGCAGUAAACAUAGAAAAGCCAAGACACUAACUUUCCUCAUCCCCAUCGCCUACCCAUGAGAAAGUAUAUUAAUGAAAUACAAGUUGAACAGUCUACGCCGCAAUCGUCGUGCACGUAGAAAUUGUAUAAGACUUAACUGAUUCCUCUAUAAUACGAUAGUCCACAAGAAUUCUUUCCUUAUAAAACGCUGUAUAAGAUGUUGAUGUAUACCUAGGCGUACGUAAUGGUUUCCGCAACUCCUGUAAACGUCCGCGACAUUCUAUUCCACUGAUAUUUUCGAUAUUAACCCCAAUCUCGGUAAGUUCUGGGCUUGAUAGUAAAAAAUGAAAUGAAAAGUUUAUGGUUUGUUCAGCAGUGGACACAAGGGGAUACUCACCGGAGAAUCGGGGAUAAACAAGAAUUAUUGAGUUUUAGCAAUUUCACUAAACUAUUYUUCAUUGUAUUCCUGCAGCACCGCAGUUUUUAUUUUUGUAGCUAAAAUUAUAAACUACAGGUCUACCUAUUCUACAACCUACAACCUACUAUCUACUAUCCUCCAUUAUAUCGUCCACUAUCCUCGUCUAAUCGGCACCAGUGUCAGUGAACUUCUUGAAAGAAACAAAACCGGUUUACUAAUUUUAAAACGUUACUUUUUUAAUACCCAGGAGCUAUUUACUAUUGCUUUGAAUAAAUAUUAGUUUCMGUUUAAUGA